AUGGGUCUCGCCAACGACAAAUUCCCCUCCUCGGCCGCUUUCGAUGCCAUCAACGAGGCUUUGAACUCCAGCGAGGCCGACCGCAAGGACGCUAUUAAGCAGGGCAACGCCAUCUUCGCUUUCACCCUGAAGAACAAGGCUGGUGAGACCGACAGCUGGCACAUCGACCUCAAGAACAAGGGCCAGGUUGCCAAGGGCCUCGGUGAUAAGCCUACCGUUACCCUGUCCUUGUCCGACCAGGACUUCGGCCAACUUGUCCUCGGCAAGGCUAAUGCUCAGAAGAUGUUCAUGUCCGGCAAGCUUAAGAUCAAGGGCGAUGUCAUGAAGGCCACCAAGAUGGAGCCCAUUCUGAAGAAGGCCCAGACCAAGGCCAAGUUGUAA